AGCAGUAAGUGUUGAUGAAGCCCAGCGUGUCUGCGGCACAUGCUCAGUAAUCUACAUCCAGAUAAAAUGUGAACGCUACGCUGUGGCUGUUGAGGUCACUGCACUGAAAAAAUAGAGCGAGUCUCUACACUACACCGCCUCCAUUUUGAAUAGCCAUGUAAUAGGGGAUUCGCACAGUUGGUGUGUGUGUAUGUGUGUGUGUCUCGCCCACUGUGCUGCGUAGUGUCAACAAGCCACAACCAACCAAACAUCCGUCGACAUGGACGACCUGUUCAGUCCGCGCAGGAGCCUGAACAGCACACAAGGUGAAAUAAGAGUGGGACCAAGCCACCAGGCCAAGCUCCCAGAGCUGCAGCCACGACCAGCACCUAGUGCACAGACCCAGACGGACAAUGAGGAGCUCAUGUGGACACCUGGAGUCAAUGACUGCGACCUUCUUAUGUACCUCAGAGCAGCCAGGAGCAUGGCAGCGUUUGCAGGGAUGUGUGAUGGCGGAUCCACUGAGGAUGGAUGUUUGGCAGCUUCCCGGGACGAUACCACGCUGAACGCUCUCAACAUGCUCCAUGCAAGCCAUUAUGAUGCAGCCAAAGCUCUGCAGCGUCUGGUCAAGAGGCCACUACCCAAACUGAUUGAAAAAUGCUGGUCAGAAGAUGAUGUGAAACGCUUCAUCAAAGGUCUGAGACAGUACGGAAAGAAUUUCUUUCGCAUCCGGAAAGACUUUCUCCCCAGCAAGAAGACUGGAGAGUUGAUCACAUUUUAUUACCACUGGAAGAAAACACCAGAGGCCGCCGGGACCAGAGCUUAUCGACAGCAACGCCGGCAGCCGUCCUCUCGCAAAGCAAAAACUCGAUCUGCAGCGGCUACUGUCAACCCUCCAUCUCGAAACUAUUCAGUUGAGGCCAGUUCUGCCAGUGAGGAUGAUGUCGACAGUGAAGACAGCGAACAGGAAGCAAAGAGCUGCAGCCACUGUGGAACAACAACUUCUAAGGAUUGGCACCAGGUCGGGAGAGACAACUCUCUGCUCUGCACAACUUGCCGCACGUACGAAAACAAACACGGAUGUCUGCCGCCUGCUUCUAAAUCUGGGAACGCUUCCUUUAUGUUCAAACCUGUGAAAGUGGAAGAAGAGGUGAACAACAAGCAUGGCAUGAGGACUCGGCAGAGCAGAGCACCUCAGCUGACAUCGUUAAGAAGUGGGCUCAGGAGGUUCACUGGCUCUCCAAGCACGGAGGAUUCACAGUCCGGUAACCAGAACUUCCCGACUGGAGGAAUCUCUAGUUCCUUAAGAUCCUCCGCGGAUCAUAAAAAUGACUCCACAAAAAAAAUUAACAAGAAGAUAAAAGAGGAGGUAACGGCGCCAAAGACAGCAAAGCGUGUGCGGGAAAGUCCUGCUCUGGAGUCUGAUGAAGCUGAAAAGAUGACACCUAAAAGGCCAAAGACAGAGGUUCCACGAGGCGGGUCCCGGUCAGAGGGAGAGGCAGAGGAGGAAAGCUCUUCAGAAAGCCGCAGCGCUCAGGACGACGGCAGUGACACCAAAGACAUCGACCAGGACAACCGCAGCUCCUCUCCCAGCAUCCCCAGCCCUCAACAGGGCAACGAGAGCGACUCAGACUCUUAUGCCCAGCCCAGCGGGGCCCCAGCUGAGGCCGGUGCUGCGACUCUGACGGACGCCCCGGUCCUCCAAGCCGUCCCCUCUCAGGACCCUCCCAUUCCUCCUCAACCGUCACAAAGCCUAGCCUCCGCUGACCCGGCUCAGAGCCCCCCUUCAUCCUCCCCAGACCCUCCACAGGGUGGAGCUACUCAAUCCCCUGCCACAGCCGGCUCAGGUUGCCGAGCAUCGCCGAUCUCUGGUCCAAGGCCGCAGCCACCAGCGCUGGGUCUGGACACGCCUCUCGCUCCUGUGUCGCAUUUCUCACCUGCUCUCGGCUCCACGCAGCCCCCGCAGCCGAACGGUUCCCCCCCUCACACCCUGCCGCGCUCUGUGCCCUUCUGCAGGGAUGCUCAGCUGCCGCACCCACCUCAAGUCAAGCCCCCUCCUACAACCCCAAUCCCACCGUCACACAAACAGCUGCCUCACCCAUCUGCAGCAACUUUCCCCCAGAUGCCUUCUAAUCUCCCACCACCUCCUGCUCUGAAGCCUCUCAACUCUCUCCCCAACCAGCAUCCUCCAGGCGCUCCUCCCCCUCCUCUGCAGCUCAUGCCUCAUCCUUUGCCUCCACACUCGGCUCCAUCCCAACUUCCAGUGUCGUCUCAGGUGCAGAGCCACCCUGGGAAAAGUGGGACCUCGUCCCUCCCAGCAGCUCCGGGUCCGCUCCCUCUCACAUCCUCCACUGCCGGCCCCGUUCCCACCCUGCAGCCGUCCUUCCCAACGCUCCCACCCAGACCCUCUCCAAACUCUGCUGCCGGAGGAUCACAAGUUCAGAUUAAAGAAGAGCCGCUGGAUGAGGUGGAGGAGCCGGAGAGCUCGCCGUCUCCUCCCCGGAGUCCCUCACCAGAGCCCACUGUUGUCAACAUGGCGAGCCACGCCAGUCAGUCUGCAAGGUUUAUAAAACACUUGGAUCGAGGCUGCAACUCCUGUGCAAGGACGGACCUUUUCUUCACUCCGCUGUCUUCCUCCAAGCUGGCCAAGAAGCGGGAGGAGGUUGUAGAAAAGAUGAGGAGGGAGGCUGAGCUCGGCGUGCGGCAAGAACGUGAGAGAGAGAAAGACAGAGAGCGGGAGAGAGAGAUGGAUAGAAACUCUAGGGCGUCCAGCUCUUCCCACGACAGUCGCCUGAGUGAAGUGCAGAUGACGGCUCAGAUCCACGGCCGGCCCUCCUUUGACCAGCCCCCCACCACUGUAGCGGCCGUGCCCCCGUACAUCGGCCCCGACACGCCGGCCAUGCGCAGCCUGAAUGACUAUGCUCGGCCCCACGUCAUGUCGCCCUCCAACCGCAACCAUCCGUUCUACGUCUCGCUGAGCCCAGGUGACCCCCUGCUGGCCUAUCACAUGCCCGGCCUGUACAGCACGGACCCUGGCCUCCGAGAGCGGGAGCUCAGGAACUUCAGGGAGCGGGAGCUGCGCGAACGAAUGAAGCCCGGCUUUGAGGUCAAACCCCCAGACCUGGAAACCCUUCACCAGUCAGCCAACCACCUGGAGCACUUUGCUAGACACGGGGCAUUGGCUCUGCCCCACAUACCCGGACCGUCCCACCCUUUUGCUCCCUUCCAUCCGGGGCUGAGCCACCUGGAGCGCGAGAGGCUGGCGCUGGCUGGCCCUCAGAUGCGCCCAGAGCUGAGCUACGCCGAGAGGCUGACUGCGGAACGGCUUCAUGCUGAGAGGAUGGCCUCUGUGGCGACUGAUCCAGCUGCCCGGCUGCAGAUGCUCAACGUCACCCCUCAUCAUCACCAGCACUCUCACAUUCAUUCCCAUCUGCACCUCCACCAGCAGGACCCCCUCGGUCAAGGUUCAAGUCCUCAUCCUCUGGUCGACCCACUGGCCGGCGGACCACGUUUGGCUCGAUUCCCUUUCCCUGCUGGCCCGAUCCCAAACCCCUUACUCGCUGAUCUCCCUCACGAGCAUGAGAUGCUGCGCCAUCCACUGUUUGGAGCUGCAUAUCCUCGAGAGCUUCAAGGACCGAUUCCUCACAUGUCUGCCUCACAUCAGCUCCAGGCCAUGCAUGCUCAGUCUGCAGAGCUGCAGCGGAUGGCAAUGGAGCAGCAGUGGCAUCACCUGCAUGGAGGCCCUCUGCCAAGUCAGGAAGAUUAUUACAGCCGCCUGAAGAAAGAAGGUGACAAGCCGUCUUGAGGUGGUGCAUGCUCUGAGCUCCUUCAGAUCAAUACUGUGUACUUUUAACACUCUAAAUGUAUUUUUGUGUGCUGUCUUCUGUUUGUUUGUGUUGAUAAAUUUUAGAAGAAUAGUGGUGGAACUCAAAGUGUGUUUCGUGUUCUGCGCAUCAUGAAACCCUGAGAUUUUCCUUAAGAAUUUACACUACUGUAGUUUUAUCAUCCAAUUAAUGAACAGUCCCACCAACUGGGACUUAAAGUGACAAGUUUCCUCUCUAACCAACUAUUAAACUGUUUCUUAUGCAGUCAUAUGAGUUUGCUAAAGAAUGAUAAAAACAGAGCGAUUUUGGUGUUGAUUUUAAAUAUGUUUAUUGUUUCUAAUAGAGUUCUUGUACAGAAUAAUGUUUAAAUCUGUGUGUGUAUGAUAGAUAUGACCUAGCAUGACUCACGCUUCAGUUUUUCCACUGAGAUAGUAGAACGAAGUUGUAUUGUGUUGUUAGGCUUUAAAAGCACCGUAGGGGACUGGAUUUAAUCCGAAAUAAGAUGAAAUGUAUCUUUAAAUCCGAAAUUUUUAUAUAUCAAUAUAUCUUUUCACAGUAUAACCGAAGCUCAUUUUUGAGAAUGUAAAUACUACAUGUUGACAAUAAUCUAUAUGACUGAGUAUUAUUGAUAUAUCAGUAGAUGUAAACACUUGAUUCAGCAUGAGAACAAUAAAAUCCUAAGGUAGUGUUAUAAGGUGUGCUAAAUAGUUGGACCAUAACCUGCCUGUCUGUUUACUGACAGGAGGUUUUAUUAGGAGAAUCUAUUUACAUUGUUUUUCUGAAAAUGUCACAGCUGGAUAGAAACUAAAUCUUAAACAUUUGGGUGGAGUUUUUCUAAAAAAGAAAAAAAAAAUACUGUCUAAAUUCAGUAUUUAUGUGAUAUAUAUCAAUCUGUAUCCAUACCAUAUUUAUUUCAAUAAAUAUUUCUCCAAUGAUA